CCUGGUUUGGUCACAUGUUCUUCCAAGAUGGCCGCGCCCUGGACUGUUUGAGAGUUGUCGCAGAAGAAGUUGUGCAAGCAGCUUAAAUAACAGCUGAGGAGCCGCUGGUCUCAAUUGACAUCUCCAGAGAGAGACAAAGGAGCGUCUGAGAAAGCCGUUGCCCUCCUCAGCCCGGCCAACAUGAGCAAGGACGCGUUAAUCCUCCCCGAGGACUUCCCCAAACUCCAGAACGACACAUUCCUGCGAGCAGCACGAGGAGAAGAAACUGAACAUGUCCCUGUUUGGUGCAUGAGGCAGGCUGGAAGAUACCUACCAGAGUUCCGUGAGUCCAGAGCGGGUAAGGACUUCUUUGAGACAUGCCGUUCACCGGAGGCCUGCUGUGAGCUCACUCUACAGCCUCUGAGACGGUUUCCCUUCGAUGCUGCCAUCAUCUUCUCUGACAUCUUGGUGAUCCCACAGGCGAUGGGUAUGGAUGUCCAGAUGGUGGCAGGUAAAGGCCCAACGUUCCCAGACCCCCUGAAGGAGCCUGAGGACCUGCAGCGCCUGCAGGUCAAAGUGGACGUGGCCAAAGAGCUGGGCUAUGUCUUCAAAGCCAUCACGCUGACCAGGCACAAGAUAGAGGGCAAAGUUCCGCUGAUAGGAUUCACUGGAGCUCCGUGGACGCUGAUGUCCUACAUGAUAGAAGGCGGAGGCUCCAGGACCUUUUCUAAAGCGAAGCGUUGGCUGUAUAGACACCCUGAGGCCAGCCACAUGCUGCUGAGGAUGCUGACGGAUGUGAUCGUGGAGUAUCUGCUGGGACAAGUGGCAGCUGGAGCUCAGGCUCUGCAGGUGUUUGAGUCUCAUGCCGGCAUUCUCGGGCCCUCGGAGUUCCAAGAAUUCUCUCUGCCUUACCUCCGAGACAUCGCUCGCUGCAUCAAAGAUAAACUCAAGGAGGCAGGAAAGGACGUGCCCAUGAUUGUGUUUGCAAAGGAUGCACACUAUGGUCUAGAGGAUCUGUCUCAGUCUCAUUAUGAGGUGGUCGGGCUGGACUGGACCAUUGACCCUCAAUCAGCACGGAAGCGCACAGGAGGGAAGGUCAGCCUGCAGGGGAACAUGGACCCUUGUGCACUCUACGCUCCAAAGGAGCGCAUUUCAGAGAUCGUGAAGAAGAUGGUGGAGGGCUUCGGUCCGAGGGGCUACAUCGCCAACCUGGGCCACGGCCUGUACCCCGACAUGGACCCGGAGAACGUGGGCGCCUUCGUCCAAGCCGUGCACCAGCACUCACAGCGCAUCAUCAAACAAAUGUAGAGGAGGCUGUGUGAGAGUAAUGAACCAUUUUAUUAAAAACAUAAAACAUUCAUUACAUCUGUUUCAGAAGUUGGAUAAGCCAUUUCCAGAGAUAUGGGUUUUAGGAGGAAAAAAAAUCAUUUAAAGAAACACUGUCCUUAUAUUGUUUCUUACCAAUUGAAAAAAACGUUCUACAUUCCCCAGUGUAUAUUUUUGAGGAUAAACUGGAUUUUCUGUUCAUUUUACGAUAUGUUGGUCUGUCCGGGAUUAGAUUAUCUUUUGGUUCUGCAAGUGCAUUCACAUCACAAACACAUUUAAGUUGUGGGAUUUCAUUUUUCAUAUUGGAUCUAUUCAAAAUGUUUAAAAACAGCUUUGACCUUUAAGUUAAAGCUUUUUUUGUCAUUGAAUAACAGUACCAAUACCCAUCACACCCGUUGGGUCUUAAUGGUGUUGAAUGGCUUCAAUCAAAACGGAUCUCUUCAUUAGUGAGAGUGGUGUCUUUGUCCACAAAGUGAGAAAACUGAGGCUUCUGAUUGGCUGAAACAGAUCCAGGAUGAGAGGCAUCACUGCAGUUAUCAAAUGAUAGUUUCAUGGAAAAUGUCAGCACGCACCGGUUGAUGAUCCAACAUCUUAACGACUAAAUAAGAUUCCCAUCCACAUCACAGAAUGAAAAUCGGAGAAGUGCCCGAAUGUUAGACCGCCUUUUGUUUCCUUCAUCGAGGAGUCACAUGGGAAGCAUCCUGAGCAUUCUGUCAAAGGUUUCAGGCUUAUCAAAACCCACAUGUGUUUAUCUUUUGUCUGAUUGAAAUAAAACCAACAAUGUAGUUGUGA